GACAUUUCUCCACUCUGGCUCGCCGCCUUCGCAAAGCUUUUCCUUGCCACCGUCUCCGUCCGCCGCCGCUUCGUUUCCUGCCGCACCGCAUCACCCAUGGCUUCGCUGCUCCGGCUGUUCGGAUCUAACCCAAAAACCGACUCCGGCGAGGCUCAAGGAAGCAAGCCGGAGCCCCGGCGUGAGGUGCUGAACCUGGGCGGCGGGAGCGAGGUGUUGCACAUCCCGCGGUUCGUGGAGCGGGAGAAGGCGUGGGAGUGGUUCGAACUCCUCGACAAGGGCAUCCCGUGGACGCGCCCCACCAUCCGCGUCUUCGGCCGCUCCGCCCUCCAGCCCAGAGAAACUUGCUAUGUGGCAGACCAAGGGCUAACAGAUUUGAAGUAUAGCGGUCAUCAACCUCAUGCACAUACUUGGGACGAAUUCCCUGUUCUCAAGAAUAUCUUGAAAGCGGUCCAUGAUGCCCUCCCAGGGAGCAAUUUCAACAGCUUGCUCCUGAACAGAUACAACGCCGGUUCAGACUACGUCUCAUGGCACGCUGAUGAUGAGCCGCUCUACGGACCUACCCCGGAGAUAGCAUCUGUCACAUUCGGAUGCGAGCGCGAUUUCUUGCUGCGAAAGAAGCCUGCAAAAUCACAAGCUGCCAGUGGAUCCCGAGAAGCUGCUCGGAAGCGACCCAAGGUCAGUAGCACCCCUCAGCAGCAUUCUUUUCUCCUGAAGCAUGGCUCGUUGCUCGUCAUGAGAGGCUACACCCAGCGGGAUUGGCAGCACUCGCUGCCGAAGCGCGCUAAAGCACAGUCGCCAAGGAUCAAUCUCACUUUCAGGCGUGUGCUAGCGUAAUUGCAUAAACAAUGGUACUGUUCGCCGCUUUGCUUGGUCCCUCAAGUUCUGUAGUUAUGUAAAUGUGUCGAACAUGGCAUUCGCGUGGGUACCGUGUUCUACCUAUACCAAAUGGCAUGUUGUGUAUGUGCGAACCAUUUUUUCCUCCACCGACAGAACUGUGCAACCCUCGGCAUAGAAACUGAAUCAAGCUUACUGGACCAUGUGAAAA